GCUGGACAAUGAGGGCAUAAUGGGUCGGAAGCAAGGCCUUAGCUACUCCAUUAACCAACCUGACCUCAUUGAGCACGUGAUCCAACGGAACAACCUUCAGCAACAGCCUAACAACCAGAUCGUCACCGACAACCAGGACAACCAAGAUGAAAGGGAGAGCGAUGACAAGUGUAUGCUAACUCCUGAAGGUGGCGAGGCAGGUAUCGACUCCGGCAUCGUAACCGACGGAGGAUCAACGUCGUCCUCGAACUCCUCACAUCAAGGACAUCACUCACCCACUCACAUCCCCCACAUGACAGCAGGACAUACACAGGAUCUGUAUGCCCUGCCAGUGAAGCGGCCAGCUGCCCAGACGGGGUCACAGCACUCGACACCGACGCACCAGCCCGCGCAGACCGAAAAUCACACGGAGAAGACAGACCCGCCCAUAGAGGAUAUCCUUCCACCUGGAUGGGAGAAACACGAAGAUAACGACGGGCCAUAUUACUGGCACAUAAAGAGUGGCACCAUCACCCGCACUCCGCCAGAGCCCACAGACACCGUCACCUCGGCACCUCUGAGGGCUGAGCGGCGCCACAAAGAAUCGUCUGACCAGACAAGCAGUAGCGUGGCAGGGACGGUGACAAGGAGCAACACUUCCUCUGCUUUGUCUGAGCUCUCCGACUCUCGCCCGCGCACCGCUGCCGUCGACAAUGCUUACAAGCGGCGCAGCUACCCCGCCCGCAGCGACAUAACCGAGGGCAGCGGGGGCCGCCCCAUCCGCUUCGCCGUCCGCUCGCUGGGCUGGGUGGAGAUCGCCGAGGAGGACCUGACGCCCGAGCGCUCUUCCAAGGCCGUCAACCGCUGCAUCGUCGACCUCUCCGUCGGCAGACGUGAUGUGCUCGACGUCGUUGGAUGCUGGGGAGAUGGGAAGGACCUGUUUAUGGACCUUGACGAAGGCUCGCUCAAGCUCGUAGACCCCGAGAACCUGACAGUGCUGAACACACAGCCCAUCCACACAAUCCGCGUGUGGGGCGUGGGGCGUGACAAUGGCAGGGACUUUGCAUAUGUAGCUCGGGAUCGUGUGUCAAGGAAGCACAUGUGUCAUGUUUUCCGGUGUGACACUCCUGCCAGGACGAUUGCAAACACACUAAGAGACAUCUGCAAGAAGAUUAUGAUUGAACGUUCACUUCAGCAGAAUAUGAACAAACCCCUUGAUACAAGUGCCAGUAGUGGAGGUGGUACUGGUAGAUUGACACGACCCACGAACUUGCCCACUGAACAUCGCCGAGUUCAUCGUCAUCCUCAAAUCAUUCCUGCUCAGUCAUUCCCCACACCAAUGGAGGAACCAAAGAAGGUCAUGCGUGUCGAGUACGUUGGUAUGCUUCAAGUUGAAAAACCCUCAGGCAUGGACAUCAUCAACACUGCAAUUGACAGAGUAGCUGAAGAAAACCCAAGACCUUGGAAACAAGUGUCGGUGGCUGUUGCUCCUUCCACUGUUACUGUCACAAAUACAGAUGAUGGAAAGCAAAUAGCCGAGUGCAGAGUUCGAUACCUGUCAUUCUUGGGUAUUGGUCGUGACGUCAGGCAUUGUGCCUUCAUCAUGCACACGGCCCAGGACCAAUUUAUUGCCUAUGUGUUUUAUUGUGAGCCAUCCACUGGGGCUCUCUGCAAGACCAUUGAGGCUGCAUGCAAGCUGAGAUACCAGAAGUGUCUGGAUGCCCACCCAGGCGUGAGUCGCGGCAGGGGAGCAGGAACGCCCCGCAGCAUCUCCUCCACCCUGCGCUCCAUGUUCGGUUCCAUCACUGGACGGAAGGCUCGGUCAGCAGAGUCUUGAGAUGAGGACUCACCUCUGCAGGUAAUCACUUCACUCAUGUCGAGACUUCAGUGAUGUAGAGUGACAUGCCUUGUGAAGAGACAUAGGACUUGGCAUAAGAUAACAGUUCAUUUAACAGUGAUACUUUCAAGUUAUGUGUGUGUGUGUAUUGUUGGAGAGGUAUUUCUCAUACUGCAAACCCUGCAUAGUGCUGAGGACAGUAUGUAUGACAGUGGUUUCUAAAAUAUUUUUUUAUUUUAUUUAAUCCUAAUAAAAAGAGUGAGCAGCCUAAAGAUAAUCAAAUUGGAAUUGGAAGUUUUACAGACUUUUGUUAAGCACAUAUAAUUUUGUUGUGCACUUAGUCAUUCUGGUUUUGUACUUUACUUUAUGUCUUCUAUCAGUGUAGAUUUUUAGGAAUUGAUUUUAUGCACUGUGUUACCAAUUGGUAGAGUUUGUUAGUUGUAUGUAUUGUUGCCACUUUUAAGAAUGAAUAUCAAGUAGACUUGAAUCUGAAGAAGAUAAUGUUACAUGAAUGGCAUGAAUCUAGAUCUAUAUGUAUAUUGAGGUUGUACUUAAAUGACAUUAAAAAAAGAUGACAAAAAACAAAAGAUUUAGGGGCUAAUGGAAGUCAAACUUUUCCCCCUCAGAUGCGCCAGUUCUCAUUGCAAUUUUAAUGUAAGUUUCAUGCAGUGAAAUGGAAGCAUUUGAAAGCCAUGCAAAAAUUGACUGGUCAGCAGUACUGUUGUCAUUUUGCAGCUGUGACAUGAGCAUCAAAGCUUGAUUUUAACUUUAUAGAUUUGUGCUAUGACAGAUUCACUGAUCUUGUUCCAAAGCAAAGAGAAUUCUGCUAUUUAGGAGUCCACUGUGUGCUUUCUUCACAUUUUUAGCACAUGGCAGUUUAAGGAUGUAUUGCUGUUAAUUGUGAAUGAAGACAGUUCUUUGUGAAAAUACCUUACAGUGAAACAUGUUAGAAAUACCAUAUGUUAUCAUUAGUGGAUUUAAUAAGAUCUAGAUUUGUAAUAGUUUUUAUAGUUUCUGAGAAUAAUAUGAUAUAUAAAUUUUUAUUUCCUAAUGGCUUGAAGUUAACUUGUUGACUUCAACCAGGAUAUUCCGCAGUACAGUACACCUUAUUGUAUUGCACUGAUUUUAGAUAAGAGCAACAUGGAAUAUGAUUGCUUUGUAUUUUUCAAAAAUUUUACGACUUGUACUUAACAAUCCCUAACACUGAAAAGGUAUUUCAAGUGUUAUUCAGCCCAUGGUGUUUCUGACCUGUAAAAGAGAAGCCUGUGUGAUAUCUUCCAAGAUCAUAGAUUCUCUCAUACAUAAACAUCAAGAAUUCCAUUCUCAGUUUGAAAAACACAUCUUAGAAGUACCUGUGUAUGGUGUAUUUUGGAUAAUUUUGUAUAUGUGAAAAUAUAAUUGAAAUUGUUUUUAUAACUGGUCAGACUGCCUAUUUUAGAGGAAAACAAAAGCAAAAAAAAAUUUCAAACAAGCUUGUAGAGUUUGAUUUUUAUGCUCAGCAGUUUUAUUUGAGUUUCUUUUUACACUUGAUGCUCUGCCUUUUUGGGCUACAAAGUGUAUGUGCAUCCUUUUAGUGCCUGUCUGUCAGGCCUUCUUUGCCAGGCAUGCGAAGGAGGCAAUUUGCACGAUCUGUAAGUUCUAACUUUAGUGUAAAAAGUGGCUUUUCAAUGAAUAUCACCUAUUAUACAGAUCUAAAAUUUAAUGCGGAGAUUAACUUGCAAAAUUACAGGAUGAGAUAAGAACGUGGAAGCAAAAAGAAAUUGGUUAAAUGGAAGAUUAUAUUAUUUAUUUGUCUGGAGAAUUGGGUACAGUGAAAGCUCUUUAUAAUGCUUUGAAGGCAAAAUCCUUUUCCAGAUUUAGCACCAUGAGGUGGUGUGAAUAUGGUGGUUGUUUUUUUUUUUGUUUUAUUUUACUACUGAUGAAAGAAUUUAAAGAUUUUUGGUGUAGUUUUCAUUUAGGAUUUACAUCAAUUGCCAUAUGGAAUUACCAGAUAUUGUACAACUGUGUACAUUCUUUGAUCAUGUGGGAUGGAAGGACUAUAAAGCUGUCCUGUUAUAGAUAUUCCUGUAUCUUAUGUCAAGGAAUGUUGUUAGGUCUUGUAGUAUUAUCAGUUCCUUUCAUAUAGUUACUGAUAAUCACCUGCUAUUUCUAUUUAUAAUUUGAAUGCAGAUUAUGCUGUUGAAAUUGGGUUCAUAAAGAGGUUUUGCUGUAUCUUUUUUAAUCUGGAAUAAAGUGCUAACACUUGUUUACGCAUCACUUCACUCCUCUGGAGAUGCAGUGAUGUGGUUCAUGAACUACAUUAACAAGUUAUAGUAGGUGAUGUAGAUGUACACUUAUAAUGGCAAGGCUGUGUAUUACAUGUACUGUAUGUUAUGUAGAAUUGUAUUGUACAUGUUAUUUCUAGCUGUUUUUGGUUGUGUAGAAAUUUUAGCUGGACUUGAUAAUGGGUUCUGUGUGCGUGUGUGUUUAAUGGUGAAGGAAUUUCUGACUUUCCUCUUCCUAAUGAUAUUGGGCGAUAUACAGAUUUAUUUUGAAUAAUCUUAUUUUCUUAUAUGAUUAGUACAUUUGACUCAGGGUGUAUCUCCUAAUCACAUGGGAAGAUUCUUUCAACAUUCUCUAAUAAGGUUGGUUUGAAUAUUAACAUAUAUACAUAUAUGUGUGUAGUAAAAAUAUCACUACUGCUCUCAUUACUAAUAGUUAGUAACUGAAAUCCUCAUAACCUACUACUUACUCCUUCUUACUAACACCUACUAACCUGACAGGACUUCUGGGCCCAGUCUGCAGAGCGUGAGGUCAUCCCGCACCGCCACCUGACCAGCCCUGGUGGAGGCUCCACUUCCCCGACUGUGUCAGGGUGUCCCUUUUCCUCACGACAGGUGCAGGCAUUGGUCUCUCCCACGUGUGAAUCUCCCCACUCCUUUACCACUCUCCAUCGCUCUCCAACCACUCAAGCCCUCAUGAAGGUUCCUCCCACACCAGCCACGCCCAUGUCCCCCAUGGAUGCCCUCCGUCGCCUCCAACUCCCUCCAGAUCUCUCUCCCCAGGAAGAGGAUUUAGAGGGUGGAGUUGACCUGGAGGAGGGAGUAGGGGAUGAGGAAGAUGAUGGCGUAGAGGAACUAGGAAGUACCUAAACUGAUCAAUGAAAUAUGCAGUUUUCUGCUUCAGAAGUGAAGUGCCAUUCAGCCAACAUGGUUAACUGCUACAGUCCUAAUAGUUUAACAAAAACAGCUGUACUGAUAUGCUUGAUGAGUUGGUAUCAGAAGCAACAGCAUGAAUUCAUUUCAGUAAAUCAUUUACAAAGUAAAAUGAUCUAGAGAGCAACCUAAAUCAUAUAUCCUAAUAUGCCCUCCAUACAGCCAUGCACAAUAUGGCAUCUUUUAUUUUUUGACUUCAGUAGAAAUGGUAGACUCCCUUAAGCUGAUAAUUGCAUCAUAUUUCCUGACUUCCUAAGUUCCUCUCUAGUCACCCGCCACUUUCCUACAGAUUGACAUAUAAUUUUGUCACAAGUGAUAUAUUGUAGACAAGACUGGAAAGCUAUAUCAUAGACAUAGAAAAUGGAGAUGGUUUGGAUUUUACUAUAAGGGGAUUCCUAUUAAUCCAAGUAAUGUGGGCGUGUGGCUUGGUGUUUGGAUCUGGUUUGGUGUACGCACGUUCAGCAGGGCCCAGAUUGGCUGGUUGUGUGUAGACUACCUUGCAUCACAAAUCUUCUGCACGUACUCAGUAUGGUUGAGUUUAUAAACGUAAGAAUAUCUUAAGAACUCAUUCUGGCCACUCUUUAGCAAGCUCUAAGUGUGCAUAACACGAGGAAUUCUUGGAAUUCUUACUUUAUGAAGACAGCCUCCGCUUCUCGGUACUCCCGUGGAAGAGAUCAUCAGCAGGGGAUCAAGUUGUGCCUCUGCUUGCGUAGAAAUUUUGCUAACCACUAACACAUUGAUGUACAUUUGUGAAUGUUUUAUGUGGCCUAGUGCAACUGUAUCUCUUUCUCUGCUUUAUCAUUAUUGUCACAGGAACUUGCUAUUUGUUGGAUGUUGACUGAUCUGUGUUUGGCCCAUGUUGCUGAGCUUAAUUAUUUUUACCUUUUUACAGUGAUUGAUUAUAGUGGUUAUAUAU